UCUCCAGCAGUCAUCUCCAUGUUGACGAAUGACGAUUGACCAUUAUUUCAUCGCAAACAACACACCUCGACUCUCUUUCAAGCGGCGUCGCCAUGUUGACCAUGACAUUUCACUAGCGGCGGCCAGAUAAUAUUCCAUUCAAGCAUCGAAAUGCACCGUAAAGACGUCUUCGGGAGAGUGACGCCUUAAUCGCCAUGCCCUCGACUUUUACGUGCCACGCCUGUCACCUCUAGUCCAUCUCUCUCAGCUUGAUCCCCGACCCGCCGCUAUGGACUCUGACGAAUAUGAUGACGACCUUGCUGAUGAAGACUUGGCACAAGCUUUUGAACAGAGCACCUCCGGGCCCUCGUCAGCGCCCGGGUCAAGCUCCACUCCCAACGCCAACUUCCACUUCCCUACUCGGCUUGUCAGCGGGGAUAGCAAUGUCUCGCAGAACCAGAACCAAGUUGAGGGUAACAACUUGACAGAUCUUCCUGACGGCGCCUUCUCAUCCUCUCCUGAGCAACAGCCUUCUGCAUCCACGAGACAGGUGGCUGUUUCGACGAAGGCAGCGAGGCGUCCUCCCCAACAACGCUUUGCUAGAACAGGGUCAAAUUCGUUCCGCCAGACCAAUCUUUUCGGUGAAACUAUAGAUGACCAUGGAGAAUCUCACGCCUCCGCCUCCCAGCCUGGUUUCGGGCGAAUCUACCGUGGGAACAACCCGGAAGGGCCAUCUUGUCAUCAUGAACUAGACACAGUGGCCCUCAAAACCUGGGUAUAUCCAAAUAACCUUGGGGCCGUUCGAGACUACCAGUAUAGCAUUGUCAAGAACGGUCUGUUCAACAACACGCUGGUGGCUUUACCCACUGGUCUCGGAAAGACGUUCAUCGCCGCGACUGUCAUGCUGAAUUAUUACCGGUGGACCAAAAGGGCCAAGAUUGUGUUCGUCGCGCCGACCAAACCCCUCGUCGCCCAGCAGGUUGACGCCUGCUUCAACAUUGUGGGAAUCCCUCGGUCCGACACCACCAUGCUGACGGGGGAGACUGCACCUGCCUUGCGUGUUGACGAAUGGGGGUCCAAGCGCGUAUUCUUCAUGACACCUCAGACGCUCUUGAACGACAUCUCGCGUGGCUAUGCGGAUCCGAAAUCGAUCGUGCUCCUCGUGGUUGACGAAGCCCACCGCGCAACCGGCGAGUACGCUUAUGCCAAAGUAGUGAAACAAAUGCGCCGUUUCAACCCCUUCUUCCGAGUCCUGGCUUUGACGGCAACGCCUGGGUCCAAGGUAGAAACAGUUCAAGAAGUAAUCGACAAUCUGGGGAUUUCUCAUACCGAGAUUCGCACCGAGGACUCCAUUGACAUUCGUCAGUAUGUUCAACAACGAAACAUAGACCAACGCGUACUCGACCCCUCCGACGAGAUGUGCGAAAUCAAAGAUCUUUUCACAAAGGCGCUGAAGCCUCUCAUGGACAAGCUGACCCAGCAGAACAUCUACUUCGGCCGGGAUCCCAUGAGUAUCACCACCUACGGGUUGAUGCAACAAGAGAAGGAAUGGUUCGGUGUUUCGGGGAGACAUAAGCCGCAGGCCUUGCAAAAUAUGAUGAGAGCCAUCUUUUCCAUUCUCAAGUCUCUGGCACACUCGAUAAAACUGCUCAACUUCCACGGCAUUAAACCCUUCUACGAGAAUGUCAAGGACUUCCGCAGCAGCGUCGAGGAGAAAGGGGAGAGGGCAUCCAAGUACAAGCAACAAGUCACUUCGAAUCCGAAUUUUAAGGAAAUGAUGGACAAGGUGGACCGGUGGCUGCGUAUCCCCGACUUCGUUGGCCACCCAAAGUUGACUGAACUUGCCAAUACCAUGCUGAACCACUUCAUCGACGCACAAGGGGUAACCUCGACACGAGCCAUCGUCUUUAGCGAGUACAGAGACAGUGCCGAGGAAAUUGUGCGAGCUCUCAACAUACACAAGCCGCUCAUCAGCGCUACCGUCUUCGUAGGCCAGGCCGAAUCCAAAAGGUCGGCAGGGAUGAAGCAAGCGGAGCAAAUAGAAACCGUGGAGAAGUUCAAAGACGGGCAUUACAACGUGCUUGUGGCCACGUCGAUCGGAGAAGAAGGUCUGGACAUUGGCCAGGUCGACUUGAUCGUCUGUUACGAUGCGUCGUCUUCCCCUAUCCGGAUGCUUCAACGGAUGGGCCGAACGGGUCGUAAACGCGAAGGCAACGUCGUCCUGCUUCUGAUGAGAGGCAAAGAAGAGGACAACUUUACCAGGGCGAAGGAAAAUUACCAGUCGAUGCAAGCCCUGAUAUGCGAGGGCAGCCGGUUCAACUUCCGCCAUGACCUCUCCGCCCGCAUCGUCCCUCGCGACACACGCCCUGAAGUGGACAUGCGGCACAUCGACAUUCCCAUCGAGAACACACAGAACACUUCGCUCCCUGAGCCCCGCAGACGAAAAUCGAAGACCAAGCCGAAAAAGAUGCCAGCCAAGAAAUUUCACAUGCCGGAUGGGGUCGAGACUGGUUUUGUCAAGGCAUCCCGUUUGGGUCAACCGGAAACCGGUGGCCAAAGGGGUCGGCCUAAAAAGACGAAGCCACCCGAACCAGACGAAUUGGAUGAAUUGGUUGACAUUCCUCCCUUCGAGUCGGUGCUGCUCACUCCAUUACAGAUGUCCGAGCUUGAUCGUAACUAUAGGUCAUUACCCUAUAGUAACAAGAACGUCGAGGAAACCCAGGUUGUGGAUGUCAACGCGUACCCUCGAUUAAAUCGGCGCCUCCGACCUGUUGGGAGGGUGAAGCAUGGUGUGCGAACCAAGAAGUUCGUGAAGCUUAUGCAGGCCUGGGCGACGAAAUAUAAACAGCCGAGCGAGAGAUGGGCUUAUCCAUAUGGCGAAGAGGACACCAGCAAUUGGCAGAAAAUCCCUCCGCCGCCAUUAGCUCCUGAUACGGAUGAGGAGAGGAGUUCUGCCAAAAAACGCUCUUCAGAUGCCGCCGUUCUUCGUGAUGGGGGUUUGGAGGGAGAACCUCGGUCAAAGAAACGGAGGUCGAAAGUUACUCUGGAAGAUCAUCGGCCAAUCAACCUUGAGUCUGAUGCAGAGGAGGCUCCAAACGACGAAGACGAUCAAGCAGCACCUUCGGGGCGGAAACGUGUCAAACAUAGCAGGCCGGGUAAAAAGAGGAAGCCGCUGGGGAAGACACCGCAGAGCCGCCGUCGACAGAGGAAGGGUGGCAUCAACAGCGACGAGUUGGGAGAUGAUUGCGAACGGACCAGCGAUGUCAUGGAAACAGAUGGUUCCGACAGUGGUGCAGACUUGCUCGACUUCAUCGUCGAGGACGACCAUCCCAUUAGCCAAUUCACCUCGACACUGCCCACCUGUCCCGUGGCGUCACCAUUCUCGGUUAAAGCGAGAGGAAGGGUGACAGAGCCUGCGUCCAGAGCGAAGUCUUCCUUGGUCCCCUUGGAAUUACCACCGACACAAGAGUCGCUAGAUGAGUUUCCGGACCUCGACAAGGCAGUCCAGUCGAGAAAACCGGCGGCAGCACCUCCAAGACGGGUUACUGGCAGAUAUUUUCCGUUUCUGGACUCUGACGAUAGCGACGUUGCACCCCAGAAGGAUGUGAGAAGGCAGAACCGGAGGCGGGGUGUUGUGGAGGAAAGCUAGGACGAGGAUGGAUUAUGAGUGUGGCCGCCGGAUGGGCAGAUGUUUGGCAGAGGCGUCGAAUGGGUUGACAUUAAACGGUCUGUUCUUGUGCUGGUCUAGACAAGCACCCGGGAGUUCCUCAUGAUAGAUAAGGGGAAAAUACGGCGAAUGGAGUUGCACGGCAGUGGUGGGAAUACAACAUUGAA